UUCUUGGCUUCUCAUAGACUGGAAUACGUAUACGUUGUCUGAAAAAAUGAAUACCAAGUAUCUCACCCUUCCUUCUGUGUUAACUUUGCUAUUACCCCUAACAUUUGCAAUGAACUCAUAUCACUCAAAACAGAUUCCAGCCAUGUAUGUUUUUGGUGAUUCCCUUGUUGACUGUGGCAACAACAACCAUCUUCCAGGAAUCGGCGGAGCAAAAUUUCUUCCUUAUGGUAUAGACUUUGAUGGUGGCAAACCUACUGGUCGACACACUAAUGGAAAAAUUGUGGUUGAUUAUCUUGCUAUACAUCUAGGACUACCCUUUGCCCCUCCUUACUUGGGUCUUUCAAAGCAUCAAAGGAAAACAAUCACCACUGGCAUAAAUUAUGCAUCUGGUGGUUCUGGAUUCUUCCAGAAACCAACAAUAACCUUCCGAGGCACUAGAAAAUUUUCUUUUUACCUGCUAAAAGAAUUCUCACUACGCUUGCAGAGACUGUAUAGCCUAGGAGCAAGGAAAUUUUUCGUGAACAAUAUUCCUCCAGCAGGAUGCUUUCCAUCAAGUGCUGUCCACACAAGACCAAGAGGAAAAUGUGUUGAGAAGAUAAACAAAGGGAUCUCCUUUUACAAUAGGAGGUUGCCUGAAGUACUCCAUGAGCUGCAGUUUCAGCUUCCUGGCUUUGUCUUUGUACAUUCUGAUCUCUACAAGUUCCUUAUAGGACUAAGGGAAACUGGAUAUAGAUAUGGGAUAGUGGAAACAUGGAAACCUUGCUGCCCCAAUACCAUUUAUGGUGAUCUCAAAUGCCGUCCCAAUACUGUUCCUUGUCCAGACAGAAACACUCAUCUUUUCUUUGAUGAACACCCUACUCAGAUUGCAAACCAAAUAUAUGCAAGACUUUGCUUCAAUGAGUCAACUAUUUGCAGGCAUUCAGGCCGCAAACUUUUCUCGGAUGCCUAGUUCUGUUUAAUAUGUACACUUUAGUAAAAUAAAUUGCAUCCGAAAAAAUCAAAGCAAUUACCCAUCUUUUGCUUUAACAAAUGAUCAACAAUAAUACCGAUGGCGGAAAUUGCCAUUUA